AUGGCGGAUGUGAGAUCAAACGCCGCCGUUUGCAACGACAGGUGCGGCUGCACCGUUCCCUGCCCUGGGGACACCACAUGCAGGUGCGCAAGCAGUGGGGGGAAUGAGACGAGCAGUGGGAGGGAUCACUUGACGUGUUCUUGCGGCGAGCACUGCGGCUGCAACCCUUGCUCCUGCCCCAGCACCGUCGCCGCCGGCUCCGCCUGCCGCUGCGCCACCGGUUGCUCCUGCGCUUCAUGCCGCUCUUGAUCAACCCAUGAAUUUACGAAUAUAUAUAAUAAUCAAUUAUAUAUGGCUUAAUUAGGC